AUGUUAAAGGAUAUUGACUACAUUUUGUGGACAGGAGAUUUACCUCCACACGACAUAUGGAAUCAAACCAAAGAAUACAAUCUUAACGUAAUCAGGACCACCAUCGAAAUGGUUAUUAAAGCUUUUCCAGACACACCAAUAUUUCCGGCAAUAGGAAAUCAUGAAGCGAGUCCAUCCGGAAACUUUGCACCUCCAUGGAUGAAAGAUACAUCACAUUCUACAUCUUGGAUAUACAACGAAUUAGGAAAAUCGUGGUCCAGAUGGUUGCCUCAAGCUACGAACAAUACAGUGCACCGUGGAGCGUUUUAUUCGGUACUGCUCAGGCCCAGUUUUCGAUUGAUUUCCAUCAAUACCAACUAUUGUCAUUCUUUAAGCUGGUGGCUUCUUGUUAACAGUACCGAUCCAGCAAGCGAACUAAAAUGGCUCGUAAAUCAAUUGCAACAUGCGGAAAAUAAGGGAGAAAAAGUUCAUAUCAUAGGUCACAUUGCUCCUGGAAGCUCAGACUGCAUGAAAAUUUGGUCGAGAAACUUCUAUGAGAUUGUACAUCGUUACGAAUCUACCAUAAAGGCGUUAUUCUACGGUCACAGUCACGCCGACGAAUUCGAAGUUUUUUACGAGACUACCGAAUACAGUAGACCAACAGCAGUAGCAUAUUUGGCACCGUCUGUAACGACCUACACAAACUACAAUCCAGCUUAUCGAAUAUAUUAUAUCGAUGGAGAUCAUGAAGACUCCACAAGGGCAAAUCAUGAAACAUGGACAUUCGAUCUGGAAACUGCCAACGUACCAAACAACGAACCUCUGUGGUAUAAAUUAUAUUCCGCCAAAGAGGCUUAUCGGAUGGCAAGUUUAAGACCUGAGCAAUGGAAUAAUUUAAUAGACAAUAUGGUGACUAACGAAGAAAGGUUUGAAGAAUUUUAUAGAAAUUAUUACAGAAAUUCACCAGUGACUCCUUCAUGUGAUACAAAUUGCAAAGUUCAAAUUCUUUGCGACCUGAAAGCGGCAAAGUCGAAUAGCAGACAUCAGCUUUGCCAUGAACUGGAGACUAUUUUUAAAACUAAUUAA